UAUCCUAAUCCAAAAGAGCGAAUUAAAGGCGCCUCACUUUGUAGCAUAGCUACCAACCAAAUAAGCUUUUGAUUACAUAUAUAUUGCAACAUCUCCCCCACCAGGCAGUGGCACCGAAUGAGCUUCUAAUUCUCUCUCCCCUUUCUUUUUUCUUUUGCCUUUUUCCUUUUGCCAACAGUAUACAGUUAUGAAGGGGAGGCUGAUUUUCCUCCUUUUGAUCCUCUUGCUUGUCAUCGUUCAAUAUUCCAAUUCCAUCACGUUGGAGCUAAUACAUAGGCAUGCUCUUCAGCUCAACAACAAUGGGCCUAUAACUCAGCAACAACGCCUCAAGGACCUUCUUCACCAUGACUUUAUCCGCCACAAUAUCAUCUCCCACAAAUGGCGCCAAGGCCUUCAACCAACAACCAGAAGCACAAGACAAGCCACGGAGGGGACACCCAGCGCUGCCAUUGAAAUGCCACUUGCCUCGGGUAGAGAUUUUGGAAUAGGCCAGUACAUUACAUCUUUUAAAGUUGGGACGCCAUCGCAGCAAAUUAGGAGGUUGAUCGUGGACACAGGGAGUGAUUUAACAUGGAUCAAUUGUAGAUAUCUGUGUGCCGCCCAAGGUGACAAUUGUACCAAAGGGAGGAGGAUAAAGCGAAGGAGGGUGUUCAAUGCUCGUUUAUCUUCUUCCUUUAGGCCAGUUCCUUGCUUUUCACACAUGUGUAAAGUUGACCUUAUGACUCUCUUCUCUCUUAAAACCUGCCCUACUCCACUUGCUCCUUGCGCCUAUGAUUACAGGUAUUCAGAUGGGUCUGCUGCAUUGGGCGUCUUUGCCAACGAGACCGUCAUUGUUGGCCACACCAAUGGUAGGAAGACGAGACUACAUAAUGUGCUAAUUGGGUGCAGUGACUCUUUCCGGGGCCCAACUUUGCAAAAUGUUGAUGGUGUCAUGGGGUUGGCCUAUAGCAAGUAUUCCUUUGCAACAAAAGCUGCGGAAAAUUUGGGUGGAAAGUUCUCUUAUUGCCUCGUUGAUCACUUGAGCCACAUAAAUGCUACCAAUUAUCUCAUCUUCGGUGCAAAUCAUAACCAAGUAACAGUGUUGGGCGAUACUCGUUAUACCAGGCUGGAGCUGAAUUUGGUCAGUUCAUUCUAUGCUGUAAAUGUUGUGGGAAUCUCAGUGGGUGGCAAAAUGUUGGAUAUACCAUUACAAGUAUGGGACACAACGAAAGGGGGUGGAACAAUCCUUGACUCUGGCACCAGCCUCACAUUCCUGACAGAUCCAGCAUACCAACCAGUGAUGGAAGCAAUCAAGAAGUCAGUUUCCAAGUACCAAAGAGUGAAGUUGGAUGGGGUACCAAUGGAGUAUUGCUUCAACGCUACUGGUUUUGAUGAGACUUUAGUCCCAAAAUUGAUUAUUCACUUCGCAGAUGGAGCUCGGUUUGAGCCACACUGGAAGAGCUAUGUCAUUGCCGCUGCUGAUGGAGUUAGGUGUCUAGGAUUUUUAUCAGCAAGUUUUCCAGGCGCAGCUGUUAUUGGAAAUAUUAUGCAACAAAACUAUCUAUGGGAAUUUGAUUUAGCAGGGAACAAAUUGGGUUUUGCCCCAUCAGCAUGCAGUAGUAGCUAGUUUUUGUUUUUCUUUUCACAGGUUGUUAUCAAUUCUUUGUAAUUCCUUGGUUUUUAAAAUCGUUGCUCUCGCCCGUAUUGAUUAAUCAACUGUUCCUAUCGUAUCUUGGAUUCGGUUCGGAUCUGACCCUAGUUUCUUGGGUUAACAUCGGUUGAGUUAUGUGACACACUGGUCUUUUUCCAACAGGUCUGACCCAACGGGAUUUUUGUAAAAUUGGGUUGGAUCAUAUGUCAAAAGUUAUUUAUUUAUUUAUUUUUAA